AUGAGCCGGCACCACUGCAACUACUCCCCACGGCCACCUUCCUGCUCCUGCAGCUCCAGCACCGUGACAACCACCGGGCGCCCUCGCCCCUCUCACAGUUGUAAAGAAGAAAGUUCCACUCUUUCUGUCAAAAUGAAGUGCGAUUUUAAUUGUGACCAUGUUCAUUCUGGACUUAAACUGGUAAAACCUGAUGACAUUGGAAGACUAGGUUUAUACACUCUUACACAUUUGGAAGGUUCUUGUAAAGACUGCAUUAAAGACUAUGAGAGGUUAUCGUGUCUUGGGUCACCAAUUGUGAGCCCUGGCAUUGUAGAACUUGAAACUGAAAGCAAGCCCUUGCAUAACAAGGAAAAUCAAUGUGUGCAACAAACACUUAAUAAUGCAAAUGAAAUAGAGGAAUUAGAGACGAGUAGACUUUAUGAAGACAGUGGCUAUUCUUCAUUUUCUCAGCAAAGUGAUCUCAAUGAACAUGAAGAAUCAUUUUCUCAACGAAGUGAUCUCAAAAAACAUGAAGAGGGUAGCCUUCCCCUGGAGGAAAAUUUCAGUGACAGUCCACAAUCCUGCCUGCUACAGAUGCAAAGCCCAGACCAAUAUCCCAACAAAAACUUACUGCCAGCUCUUCAUUUUGAAAAAGUAGUUUGUUCAACAUUAAAAAAGAAUACGAAACGAAAUCCAAAAAGAGAUCGGGAGAUGCUGAAGGAAAUUAUAGCCAGAGGAAAUUUUAGAUUACAGAAUAUAAUUGGCAGGAAAAUGGGCCUAGAAUGUGUAGAUAUUCUCAGCGAACUGUUUCAAAGGGGACUCAGACAUCUCUUAGCAAAUAUUUUAACUCAGCUCAGUGAUAUGGACUUAAUCAAAUUGAAGUUUUUGUUCCUUUUAGUUCUGAAACUUCUAGUUGCCAAGACUUUGAAAAAGAAUGAAAGCCUCAAGGCCUGUAUUCGUUGUAAUUCACCUGCAAAAUAUGAUUGCUAUUUACAACGGGCAACGUGUAAACGAGAAGGCUGUGGAUUUGAUUAUUGUACAAGGUGUCUGUGUAAUUAUCAUACCACCAAAGACUGUUCAAAUGGCAAGCUCCUAAAAGCCAGUUGUAAAACAGGUCCCUUGCCUGGUACAAAAAAAAGCAAAAAGAAUUUACGAAGAUUGUGA